AACGCUCGUUUGCCACUUCUCCUCAAAAAAUUAGUUCCGAAAAAUCCCAAGGCUAUUUUGCAAAAGCCCGAGAACUUAUAACAUUUUAUAAAAAUGGUAUAAAGCAAUUAUGGGAAAAUCAGAAAAUCGCACGACAAUUGAGAGCGAAAAGAGAUGAAGACCCAAGCUCGUUGACUCGACGUGAAUUACAAUUGGCAUGUAUUAGAACCGCUGAACUGGAUCGAUCGAAGUUGAUUCCAUUUGCACUGACUCUAAUCACGGUUGCUGAAUUGUUGCCGCUUUUGGUUAUUAUGGCACCUUUUUUAGUACCCAGCACAUGCGUGACUCCUGAACAAUUGGAGAAAACACGACGCAAAUUAUACGAAAAACAACAAGCAAUUCGUAAUGAGUUACUGAAGGAGUCGAAUGUCGUCAACGUAUCUAUAUGUGAAGAAUUAGCAAAAGAUGAUUUUCAAAAUUUACAACGGAUGAUUCAACUUCAGAAGACUAUUGAAGUAAGUAAAAAUGGUCAUUUCAAGAUUCAUGGACCUGAGCACAUUGGGCACCAGAAAAAUAUGUUACAAAAAGAAGGCGUAGCUAAAUUAACAAUUGAUGAACUCUCAAAAGCGAGUCAAGAACGUGGGAUACAAUGCGUAGACACAUCCAAAAGUCAAAUGCGUUAUGCACUACAUUACUGGAUUUCAUUACACCUAAAUGAAGAUCCAGAAAUAUCCGAUUUUUUGUUAAUGUUCAGUCGUGUAUUCUUAUUGAAUGCAAAGUAUCUUGCUGUAGAAAAUGAGUCAUUACCAAGUGGGAAAAAGAAAAAAGAGAUUAUCGCACAGAUUUGA